AUGGCUACUACCCAGAUGACCCAGAUGAAGACCGUCUCCGUCGCCGACGGCACCAAGGUUUUCUACCGAGAGCAGAGUAAUAAUACAUCUGCACCGAUUUUUCUCCUCCUUCAUGGAUUUCCAUCAUCUUCACAUCAAUACCGCAACCUCAUCCCUCUACUGGCACAAAAGUACCGAGUCAUCGCUCCAGACUUGCCGGGCUUUGGAUUUACUGAGCCAGCCGCCGGGUACAAGUAUACCUUCGAGGACCUCGCCAAAACAAUUGGCCAAUUUGUGGAUGCCCUUGAAAUUUCCAAAUUCAGCCUAUACAUCUUUGACUAUGGUGCUCCAGUCGGCCUGCGUCUGGCCCUGACGCGCCCCAAUGCGGCUCAAGCCAUCGUCACACAAAAUGGAAAUGCAUAUGUCGAAGGGUUUGGAGACGUUUGGGGUCCGAUUCAACAACUCUGGGCUGGUGGCAACUCCAGCGCCGAUCGAGCUGCUGUUGCGAAAGCUAUGCUGAACGAAGAUAUUACGAAGUUCCAGUAUCUCAAUGGAACUCCCGACCCUAAUACUAUCGCACCGGAGUCGUACACUCUUGAUUACGCGUUGCUCUCAAGACCUGGUAAUCAGGAGAUACAACUCGACUUGUUUAAUGACUACCAGUAUAAUGUGCAAAUGUAUGAGAAGUUUCAGGGAUACUUUCGUGAGUCUCAGGUGCCGCUGCUGGCGAUUUGGGGGAAGAAUGAUGUCUUUUUCAUCCCUCCUGGCGCAGAAGCAUUUAAGAAGGACCUGCCCCGGGCACAGGUGGAAUUAAUUGACGCUGGCCAUUUUGCGGUUGAGAGUCACACGGAGAUGAUUGCGGAGAAGAUUCUGGCCUUUUUGAAGUAG